AUGGCGCCCGAAACUAAGAACGACUUUCUCGAUACGGUUGACAGUGACGAGGAGAACGAUGUCGGCUACAACUCAGAGGAUGAUGAUAUGAAAAAGGGUGGCCGAGGCGCCAAGCGACGGAAGUUGGACUCGGAUGAGGAAGACGAUUUGGGUAGCGACGUUGAUCGCGACAACAGCGACGAUGAGGACGACAUUCCUGGAAAAGAUGCAAACAAAUCGCGAAAGAAGGAGCAAGACGGAGAUCAGUCCGAAAAGCCAAAGCGCAAAUCAAAAGACACCACAUCAACAGAACUCCCCGACGUCACAAGAACCUUGACGAAGAAGAACCUCGUCGCCUCCGAGGCCGCCAUCAAGAGAUCUGGCGUUGUUUACCUCUCCCGUAUACCUCCCUUCAUGAAGCCCGCCAAGCUGCGCUCCCUACUCGAACCCUACGGCACCAUCAACCGCAUCUUCCUCGCGCCCGAAGACCCAGCUUCGCAUGCCCGUCGCGUCCGCGCAGGCGGCAACAAGAAGCGCUCCUACACCGAGGGUUGGGUCGAGUUCACCAAGAAGAAGGAUGCUAAGGCCGUGUGUGAUCUCCUCAACGCGAACACAAUCGGCGGCAAGAAGGGCAGCUACUACCACGAUGAUUUAUGGAAUCUUCUGUACCUCAAGGGCUUUAAGUGGCAUAACCUCACGGAGCAGAUCGCUCAUGAGAACGCCGAGCGCGCUAGUCGCAUGAGAGCCGAGAUCAGCAAGUCCACAAAGGAGAACAAGGAGUUUGUCAGGAACGUGGAGAAGGCAAAGAUGCUGGAUGGCAUGGCGGUCAAAGCCAAGGCCAAGAAGAGGAAAGCAGACGUCGAGGGACAGGCCGACGAUUCAGUGCGCCAGGUCAAGCGAUCGUUCAAGCAGGUUCCUCUUGCAAAGAAGAGGACGGACGUGGAAGAUCAGCCUGCAGAGGUGACGAGGGUAUUAAGCAAGAUUUUCUGA